GGGAGAGGUUUUCCCCGCAUCCCUCAUUUCGCUUCCUAAUGAGGUUCCAUCUCACGGUUAAAGUCAGAGAGUCGCGAUUCCUAGAGCGGGUUCUAAAGGACAGGCUGCGAAUUUCCAUUUCAUCCAAGCCCCGCUUCCGCCUCUUAAUCCCGGGAUCUGUGGGAGAAGCUGCAUUUUGCAAGUGAAUUCAACGUUUGUCUGGAGAACUAUAAUAACUUCCAAAAUGACCAACAAAGACUCUUUGGAUGUGUGAGACUAAACUUUAGCCUAAAGAGUGAUUUUGGCUGUGUUGAGAACUUCAUUUGAACAGGAAAGAGAACAUGCAAGAUACAGCAAAGUUCAAACUGGGGAAAGGAGCAAAAAAAGGCGCCCAAGUCAUCCACUCUGGGAAUGAUAGGGAAUUUGGAGAAAGGACCAUGCAGAAGAUCCUGGAAGGAGAACCCACCAGCUCAGGUGUCCAGCACCAGAGAUUCAGGCAGUUCUGCUACCGGGAGGCUGAGGGCCCCCGAGAAGUUUGCAGCCAACUCCACCACCUUUGCCAUCAGUGGCUGAAGCCAGAAAGGCACACGAAAGCUCAGAUGCUGGACCUGGUGAUCCUGGAGCAGUUCCUGACUGUCCUGCCCCCGGAGAUGGAGAGCUGGGUCAGAGAAUGUGGAGUGGAGACCAGUUCCCAGGCAGUGGCCCUGGCAGAAGGUUUCCUCCUGAGCCAGGCAGAGGACAAGAAGUGGGAAGAGCAACAGACACAAGAGAUGUUUGCCCAAGUGGGCACUGAUCUCCCAAAGGCAAAGAAGGCUCCGUCAAACACUAGACAGAGGCUGCUGUUCAGGGAGACUGUGCAGGAUGGUGAUGGAGGCACCUCUUCAUUAGGCAGUGAAAUGACCCUGGUGACACACUCUAGACCUUCUCUUCUUGGAGGUGGGCUGAAAAUGGUUGCUAUGAAGUCACUGGAACAGGAUCUAGUGACCUUGGAGGAGGUGGCUGUGUGUUUCUCUAAGGAGGAGUGGGCUCUGCUUGAUCCCGGCCAAAGGACUCUGUACAGAGAAGUCAUGGAGGAGAAUUCUGGGCAUCUGGCUUGGCUGGGUGGUAGGAAGGAGAGAGAGAAAGAGGGUGAACCAGCAAGAACGAAAACUAACAUAGAAAGGAAGAGUGGGAAGAGGACUGUUGCUUCUGAAGGGACAGACAUCAAUGCCUUUACCUGCUCACAGUGUGGAAAGAGCUUCAAUGAGAAGUUCAGCCUAACUUCCUGUCAAAGACUGUACACAGGAGAGGAACCCUAUCAGUGUGUGGGGUGUGGAAAGAUCUUCAGUCCUUGGUCAGUCCUUGAUAUUCAUAGGAAAAUCCACAAUGGUGAGACACCAUAUACAGACUCAGAGUGUAAAAAGAGCUUCGGUCAGAAGAGAAAUCUUUCUUUUUGUCAAAGAGUGUACACAGCAGAGAACCCAUAUCCGUGCUUGGAGUCUGGAAAGAGCUUCAGUCAGAGGUCAAGCCCUGAUGAUCAUAAAAAAAAUCACACAGCUGCAAAACUGUGUGCAUGCUCAGUGGAUGGAGAGAACUUCAGCCAGAAGACAGAACUUACUAGACAUCAAAUAGUCCACACAGGAGAUAAAUCAUAUAACUGCUCAGUGUGUGGAAAGAGCUUCCAUCAGAAAGGUAGCCUUACUGCCCAUGAAAGAAUCCACACAGGAGAGAAACCAUAUAUGUGCUCAGAGUGUGGAAAGAGCUUCAGACAAAGCUAUAGCCUCACUAUCCAUCAAAGAGUCCAUACAGGAGAGAAACCAUAUAUAUGCAAGGAGUGUGGAAAGAGCUUCAUUCAGAAGUGCAAACUUUUUACCCAUCAAAGAGUCCACACAGGAGAGAAACCAUAUACAUGCUCAGAGUGUGGGAAGAGCUUCAUUCAGAAGACUAACCUUGAUUUCCAUCAAAUAGUCCACACAGGAGAGAAACCAUAUACCUGCUCACAGUGUGGAAAGAAUUUCAGCCGCAGUAGUCAUCUUACCUGUCAUCAAAGAAUCCACACAGGAGAGAAACCAUAUACCUGUUCAGAGUGUGGAAAGAGCUUCCAUCAGAAAGCUCACCUUACUUCCCAUCUAAGUGUUCACACAGGAGAGAAACCGUAUACAUGCUCAGAGUGUGGAAAGAAUUUCAGCCGCAGUAAUAACCUUAUUCGUCAUCGAAGAAUCCACACAGGAGAGAAACCAUAUUCCUCUUCAGGUUGAGGAAAGAUCUUCAGGCAGAGAAGAAGACUUAUUUGCCAUCAGCGUGAGCACACAGGAGCAUGCCCUGAAUUACAGAAAUACUUGGAAUGCAGAAAGAGCUUGUGUUGAAGCACAGAUCUAGGGACAGAUGGUUAUUUCUCUUUCCAUUCUGUGGCUAUUUAGUCCAUUUUCUUACGAUUUGCUAUAUCUACAUGAAGACACUGCGGAAGUCACCUCUUGGGGGGAUUGACAUUGGGUGUCACUGGUAUGCAGAUAACCUUGAACUCUGUAUAUUUGUAUCAUCCAGGAAAGGUUUAUCAAUGGCUUCUAGUCUGGUGGCUAUAGGCCACCUCUAGCCUCAGAGGCUAGAUGCCUCAUUAUACUAGUUGGCGGGGAACAAUUGCAAGAGAUAUUGUUUGUAGGCUUCCCAAAGGCAUCUGAUGAAGCAUGAUGCUGGACUAGAUGGGCCUUGGACACCACAAAAGAUCAUGGUGGGUGGGGGAAAGCUAAUAUAAUACUAGGCUACUAAAAACUGAAGAAUAUAGAUUAAAAUGGAUAUUUUAAUAAGAAUUAAAAGUUCUACAUAAAACAACCUAAAACACAAUUAAUAUCAUUAUAUAUAUAUAUAUAUAGGUUCUCCAGUGUCCAUGCAAACUUCUGUAUGUUGGGAUGACAACCAGGAUGAUUAAGACGUGUUUAGGAGAACAUAAAAGUUGUAUUAGAAGAGGAAAAGUUCAGGCACCCCGGUUAGUCACUUCAAUGAAUAUGGACAUAAUGAAAAAGAUUUGAAUUUUUGGUGCAUAGAGAAGAUACAGGCCCCUGAGAACAACCUUUCUAAAAAAAUUACAGUGCAGAGAAGUGUACUGGAUACCCCUACUCCAAACAGUCAUGCCCCAUGGUCUAAAUGAAGAGAUUGAUUGGAUGGCAGCAAUCUAGUAUGCUUUAAAUGAACCAAUCAUAUCCAUGUUGGUUUCCUUUCCAUUGUAAUUGUAGAUAAUUAGUCCACUUAUAGUACAUAUGGUUGUUAAUUUUUAUCAAUAUGUAUUGUAUAUUUGGUGAUGAUGGGUAUUUUACUUACACUGUAUGAUCCUUUUUAAAUUUGAAUUUGACCCUCUUAACUGAUGUUUGGAGGCAGUGAGUGGGGUGGAUGUGGGUUUGCGAGCUGAAAUUAAAUCCUAGCAAGACAGAAGAUCUCCUCGUCAGAAGAACUAGCAAUGGAGCCAUUGUUCAAUGGCAGACCAUCUGUUUUCUGUGCAGAAGGUUCCGGGUUCUGUCCCUGGCAGCAUCUCCAAGUAGGGCUGAGAAAGACUCCUACUUGGAACUUUGGAGAGCUGCUGCCACUCAGUGCAGACAACAUUGAGCUAGAUGGACAAGUGGUUUGACCUGGAUAUAAGACCAACAAGAAACAGUGCGAUCCCCAUCAAACUCUACAAUAACCGUAUAAUGAAAAGUAAGCAACAGCUUAAUCCAGUGUAGUACUAUAAUCGAAAAUCUUUACAGAAUAAGAUCAAACAAAACAUAAAUGAUUGGAAAACAGAUCGGUGAAACUAAACGUGUAGAUUUGUAGGGUUGGUAAAGUCCAUAGUGUGGAGAGUGAUGUGAUAUAAAACCGUUGAGUCUAUACAUCCACGAUGGUGACCUCUGUUUUGCUGCCGUUCUUCCUCAAGUGGUCAAAUGGUCUUCACAAAAUAACAAUACUCCACACACCCCAAAGUUCAGUCUUCUGAAAGUAAGUUAACAGCCAUCUUGACUACUAGAAAAUUCACUCAGGAAGCCAAGUUCUUGUAAGUAGUAGUGUUGUAGCUUACAAAAAGCUUCUGCAUGUUAAGCAGAUGUCCUGCCCCUGAGCUAUCGCCCCAUCCCCAAUGUUAUGUGCCUGCUUUGGCCCAGAGGGCUUUGGCUCAAAUGGCACUGAAAUGGGUGCCGUUGGAGCACCAGCUGGUGCUCCAAUGGCACCCAUUUCUGACUCAGUGUGAUUUGGUCACAGUGAUCUAUGUCCUCGUGAAAUCCUUGAUUGGAUUAGUGUAAAACGCUUUCUGGGAGGCUGCCCUCAGAGAGCCUUCGGAGCAUUUCUGGAUGCAAUUCAAGGUGCUGAUCUUGAAUUUAAAAGCCCUAAAUAGCUUGGGGCCCAGCUCUUCCCAAAACCAUUUCCUCUCAACAUGAAUCUGUCCCACCUAUAGAAAUGCCAGGGAGGGUCUCCUCAGUGUGCCACCGUUAUCAGGUAACUUUCAGGCAUCCAGAUGGGACAAGGCCUUCUCAAUGGUGGCCCCUUUCUCCAGAUUUCCCUCCUUCAGGAGAUCCAGCUUGCCCUCUUGCUGCUGACAUUCUGGUACAUGUUAGACAUUUGUUCUGGCAGAACAUUUCUACUGAUACUCCCUGAGAAAAUAUUUAAUGCAGUAUUUUUACAUCUGAUGUUUUAUGUUGCAAUGUCUUUUUAAAAACUAUCGGGUUUUUUUGAGAAGUUUUAUUUUUUUAUUGUGAAAGUGCCUUGGAGUGUCCAUGAAAGGUGGUAUAUCAUUGCUUACAUUAAAUGAAAUUUCCUUCG